AUGUUCCUCGUCAAAGACGGCAACGGCAAUUUUGGGUCAGACCGGGACGCACUGCCAGCUGGUGGGAGAACUUUGAGAUGGAAGUCGUCCUCCCGGAGGAAGGUAGUAUCAGCCGAUGGUAUCGACCUGACACCAGUAUCAGCCGAUGGUAUCGACCUGACACCAGUUUCAGCCGAUGGUAUCCACCUGACACCAGUAUCAGGCGAUGGUAAGAACCUGACACCAGUAUCAGGCGAUGGUAAGAACCUGACACCAGUAUCAGCCCAUGGUAAGAACCUGACACCAGUAUCAGCCGAUGGUAUCCACCUGACACCAGUAUCAGCCGAUGGUAUCGACCUGACACCAGUAUCAGCCGAUGGUAUCCACCUGACACCAGUAUCAGCCGAUGGUAUCCACCUGACACCAGUAUCAGCCGAUGGUAUCCACCUGACACCAGUAUCAGCCGAUGGUAUCCACCUGACACCAGUAUCAGCCCAUGGUAAGAACCUGACACCAGUAUCAGCCCAUGGUAAGAACCUGACACCAGUAUCAGCCCAUGGUAAGAACCUGACACCAGUAUCAGCCCAUGGUAAGAACCUGACCUGGUAG